GGAAGUAUUUGAGAAGAAGCGGAAGUGGCAUGUGUCGACCGGGGUACCUCGUCAGGCAGCCGCCACAGGGGUCUGGAGAGAAAGGCGCGUGGUAUCGCAAGGAUUAGCAGCAAAAUGAAGGUGAAGAUGCUGAGCCGGAACCCGGACAACUAUGUCCGCGAAACUAAAUUGGACUUACAGAGAGUUCCAAGAAACUAUGAUCCUGCCUUACAUCCUUUUGAGGUCCCACGAGAAUAUGUAAGAGCUUUAAAUGCUACCAAACUGGAACGAGUGUUUGCAAAACCAUUCCUUGCUUCCCUGGAUGGUCACCGAGAUGGAGUCAAUUGCUUGGCCAAGCAUCCAAAGAGCCUGGCCACUGUCCUUUCUGGGGCAUGUGAUGGAGAGGUUAGAAUUUGGAACUUAACUAAACGAAAAUGUAUCCGUACAAUACAAGCGCAUGAAGGUUUUGUACGAGGAAUAUGUACUCGCUUUUGUGGAACUUCUUUUUUCACUGUUGGUGAUGACAAAACUGUGAAGCAGUGGAAAAUGGAUGGACCAAGCUAUGGAGAAGACGAGGAACCAUUGCAUACAAUAUUAGGAAAGACAGUAUAUACAGGAAUUGAUCAUCACUGGAAAGAAGCUAUUUUUGCCACAUGUGGACAGCAAGUAGACAUUUGGGAUGAACAAAGAACCAAUCCUAUUUGUUCAAUGACCUGGGGAUUUGACAGUAUAAGCAGUGUUAAGUUUAACCCAAUUGAGACAUUUCUCUUGGGAAGUUGUGCUUCUGACAGGAAUAUAGUGCUAUAUGAUAUGAGGCAAGCUACUCCUCUGAAAAAGGUCAUCUUAGAUAUGAGAACAAAUACAAUUGGCUGGAACCCUAUGGAAGCUUUCAUUUUUACUGCAGCAAACGAAGAUUACAACUUAUAUACUUUUGAUAUGCGUGCGCUGGACACCCCUGUAAUGGUGCACAUGGAUCAUGUGUCUGCGGUGCUUGAUGUGGAUUACUCUCCCACUGGGAAAGAGUUUGUGUCUGCUAGUUUUGAUAAGUCUAUUCGAAUCUUUCCUGUGGACAAAAGUAGAAGCAGAGAAGUGUAUCACACAAAGAGAAUGCAGCAUGUUAUCUGUGUAAAAUGGACUUCUGACAGCAAGUACAUUAUGUGUGGAUCUGAUGAAAUGAACAUUCGUCUAUGGAAAGCUAAUGCCUCUGAAAAAUUGGGUGUGCUUACAUCACGAGAAAAAGCAGCCACAGAUUAUAAUCAGAGGCUAAAGGAGAAAUUCCAACAUCAUCCUCAUAUCAAACGUAUCUCUCGUCACCGACAUCUACCAAAAUCUAUCUACAGCCAGAUUCAGGAACAGCGUAUCAUGAAAGAAGCUCGUCGACGAAAGGAACUGAAUCGUAUCAAACAUAGCAAGCCUGGAUCUGUACGGAUUGUGUCAGAGAAGAAGAAACACAUAGUGGCAGUUGUGAAAUAAUAUUUGGUAUUCCUGCUAUACUGAUAUAUAAUUAUUAAGUUUUGCUUUGUGAACUCUACAAAUAAAAGUUCUGGCUCUAGUAUAACCACAGAACAGUUUAGUUGUAUGUGUAGAGCUUAGUCAUUGCACAUUUUUGCUCUCCUGGAAAACUAUCUUUAAAGGUGGCCCGAUUGAAAGAUUAUCCGAUAUUUUAUUCUUGAUCUUCUUUCUUAAUUCAUUGAAAAAUACAAUAUCUACAAACUUAUUUUUUGCUGUUAGAAAUUGCAGAUGUACUUUUGCUUUGUUCUGUUACUUUAGACACUCCACAGUUCAGUUUACGUUUGCGACCAAACAUCUCUUUUGUGACUUUAAAUAUUACUUUGUGGGUUUUUUUGUUGUUGUUGUUUUUGUUUUUUUGGUCUUUUUAGGCCUGUGCCUGUGGCAUAGGUAAGUCGCCAGGCUAGGGGUCAAUCGGAGCUGUAGUUGCCAGCCUACACCAUAGCCACAGCAACACCGGAUCCUUAACCCACUGAGCGAGGCCAGAGAUCAAACCUGUGUCCUCAUGGAUACUAGUCAGAUUCAUUUCUGCUAAGCCACGAUGGGAACUCCUUUAAAAUAUUACUUUGGAUAAUUAUUGCAAUACUUCCAGUAUCCCAUAUAACAUGUAGAAGAAUUAUGUCAGAAUCUAUUUCAGUUUUGUUUUUUUUUUUUUUUUUGGCUGCGUUCAAGGCAUGUGGAAGUUUCUGGGCUAGGGACUGAACUUGUGCAGAAGUUGCAGCCUGUGCCAUAGCUGCAUCAAUGCUGGAUCCUUAACUCGCUGUGCCACACAGGAACUUUUCCGAACAUGUUUCAAUUGAAUUUAUUUUCUGUGUUUUAUUUAUAUUUGGCUUUUUGAGAUUUUAAAGAUGAUCAGCCUACAUUUAUAUAACUUUGCUGAACGAUAAUAAUUAUAACUGUGGCCAAGAUAAUAAAACAUCUUUUUCCUCA